AUGUCCGGCUACCCCAAAGUCACCCGAGAGAACAAGUCGUCGUACCUGUCGUCGUUUGUGCGAUGGCUCCAAUUGAAAAAGUACCAGUACGAAGUAACAUUCUCACUGUACAUGCUCACGCCGACCGAGAAAUUUGUAUUCAACUUUAUCCUCUUCAUGCUCGUCUCUCUUCUCGUCACCGCGGCCUACUACUAUCUCCCCGACCACGUCUUCCUCAUUUACAACCGUGUCUGGUAUUAUCUGCAGGGUGAACUCGCCUAUUCAGCUGUAGCUGGAGGAGGAGGAAACAAGAGCCUCUACCUCACCGAGGGGUCUAGAAGGACGGCGGAUGCCUUGACGGCGUUGACGAGCCCAGGCUCCCUGGUCGGCUCAGUCACUGCCGUCGCGAAAGAACUGUGA